AUUUCUUCGAAAAUAUUUACAAUAAACCAGUGAGCCUUUUACGCCGAUUCCAUAAUUUAUUUUCAACGCCUGAUGCACAACGUGGAGCAUUUGUCAUAUUCAUAGUGUAAGGUGAGUGGUUUGUGCGGUGGUGAAUGGUCCAAAGUGGAGCCUGUCCUCUGAGCACCACCAAUAUUAAAGGGCGACCAGGCCCAUCGUCAUUUUUAUCAUUUUCUGGUCAUUAUAAACUUCUAAAAGGGUUUCGCUCCCAACUUCAGUUAUUGCACUCGUACUAUCGACAGUGUGAGCCAUACAAUCUAUUAUGUUCAAAUUCUCGACUCGUCUGGUCCCUUCAGGCCAUCGUAUCCACUGGAGUUCUUUGAGAAAGAUAACCCCUGCAACUACAUUCCAGCUCCGGCCAAAAUGCACCGAAAGUUCCCCAAAGGCUCCAUGCAGCAAAAAUGAAGGAAAGACGCUGCCUCCUGCGGUAUUUUCAUCGCAAUUUUGGGCGUCGAGGGCAGUAUGGAAUCGAGCUGGUCUAAAUACGCUGCGAUGUCUCGUUGGUUGUACUCUCGGGGACUUCUCAUCCAUGUGGUAUCUCCAAGCUUUCCAUCCGGAACUUGGGACUGGGGCAAUCAUGGCGAUUUCCAUGGCGAGCGGUGUCACGACUUCUCUACUCCUGGAGACUGUUCUUCUCCGGCUCGGCCGUGAUCAACUUGGCUGGAUGGUAGCGGCCAAGACGGCGGCAGGAAUGAGUCUUAUAUCAAUGAUAUCGAUGGAACUGGCUGAGAACCUUGUUGAUUACCAUUUAACGGGGGGAGUCAUUCAGCUCGACUCGCCGCAGUUCUGGGGAGCUGCCAUUGUAUCGAUAGCAGCUGGGUUCUUGACGCCAUUGCCGUACAAUUACCACAGACUGCGGAAGUAUGGCAAGGCAUGUCACUGAGGUGUGAUUUGCAUAAAGUCGACAAUGUUGUAUAAUAGUUCCAUUUAUUAGGCGUUUCAAAGGACGGUGUUAAGGACUGUAAUAGUAGUUCAG